AUGGCUACCGCAGAACACCAAAUCACUCACCUGCGUUCCCUCCUGGACAUACUAACUACCUCAAUCAACGACCUUAUCGCUGAACUCUCCUCCUCCUCGUCUUCCAAGUCCACGGCUAGCAACGGAGACACAGCAGACCAUACAGACGUUCGCAUUCCGAAAGAUCCCAAGACGGAGGAGGCCCGCAAGCGCGUCAUCGCCGCUACAGCUUCCCUCGAUGCGGCUGUGUUCACGCCUCAGUGGCGCGUUGGACACCUGGCGCACAACUAUUUUGUGUCACGGGCGCUGCACAUGGCUGUCGAGUGGGAGAUCCCUCAGCUGCUGGCAACCAAUGGGCCCAUGUGUCUUGACGCCCUCGCCGCAAAGACGGGCAUCGUCGACACGCGCAAGCUAGGCCUCGUGAUGCGAACUCUGUGCGCACACCACAUUUUCGCCGAGACGGCCCUCGACGUCUUUGCUAAUGACGAGGCGUCAACCGCCCUUGCGACCGACGAGCGCCUCGCCAACUCGGUGCGCUACGCCUCCUUUCUCUUCCCCACAGCCGACGUGCUCCCAAGCCUCCUCAAAGAUCCGGUCCUCUGCGCUAGCUACGCAUCACGAGACUCAGCUUUCGCCAAGAGCAUCGGCAAGGGCAUGGGCCAGUUUGAGUUUUUGAACGCGCAUCCCGAGUGGCGCGACUGCUUCGAUUUUUACCUCGCCUCGCUAGGCGAGUACCUACACGGGCUGACCGACGUGGGGGGGUACCCGUGGGAAUCCACACUCCAGAAUGGUGCCGUGAUUGUCGACGUCGGAGGCGGAAUCGGCAGCUCCAUCCAGGCCUUGCGGACCAACUUCCCCGACCGCCAGAACGAUUUUGUCGGCAUCGUUCAGGACCAGCCCGGCAUGAUAGAGCACGCCACCGCCCACUGGCAAAAGACGGACCCGCAGGCGUUGGCCACGGGUGCGGUCAAGCUCACCGCGCAUGAUUUCUUCAACGAGAAUCCUGUCAAGGGUGCCGAUGUGUACUGGUUCCGGUCAGUCAUCGUGGACUGGCAGGACGACGACUUGAUCAAGAUGUUCACGCACAUCAAGAACGCCAUGACGCCCGGAAAGUCGCGCCUGCUGAUCGGCGAAUACAUCAUGCACCCGACGUGUGGCGACGCCCUGUUACCCAACGCGCCGUCCCCGUUGCUGAAGAACUAUGGCGAGUUCCAGGCCAUGGGGCUUAUCUCAGGAUUUAUCUUGACCGUCAGCCCAAAUGGUCGUCAGCGGACUGUCCAUGACGUAAGCAAUGUCGUUGAGGCGGCUGGCUUGAAGAUUGUCAAGGUGUGGAUUUGCCGAGGCCUAGGGAAUGUGAUUGAGUGUCGGUUAAAGAAUCAUGUGUAG